AGACAGUUACAAGGAACAAGAUUUGCUCUUGGAUUUGAAAAGAAAAGAGACCUUCUGUACCGAAUUUAUUUUGGUACAAAAUGCCUCCGACUCUCUUCCAGAAACUUUUCAACAAGAGAAAUGCGUUUUCGUCGCCGCCCCCGAGAUGUAGCAAAGAGGACCCAGCUUUCAGCUGGCCACUUCCCCAGCUGGAGCCCAGUCAGAUCAGGCUGAUCGUGUACCAGGACUGUGAGAGGCGCGGCAGAAAUGUCCUCUUCGACUCCAAUGCCAAAAAGAGGGGCACCGAGGAAACCCCCAUCACUAGCACCGAGGGCCAGGUGAAGAUGUUCGGGAAAUGCUGCCAGCUCCGUCCUACAGGUGGCAGCAGCAGUUCCCUGGACAGCUCCUCCUCUUGCACCUCCGAAACCAAGGAAACCAAGGAGCAGGGUCUCCGCUUCCAGGGUUCGAGGUGUUCGUCCGAUGUGGUGAUGUUGGGGGAGAUGAUGUUUGGCUCUGUGGCCAUGAGCUACAAAGGCUCCACGCUAAAAAUCCACCAGAUCAGAUCGCCACCUCAGCUGAUGCUGAGUAAGGUUUUCACUGCCAGGACUGGAGGCAGUGUGUAUGGCAGCCUCAACACGUUACAGGACAGCCUGGAGUUCAUAGGACAGGACAGCAACACCCUAAGGCCUGAUCAAAACACAGGGCCCAACAGUCUCCUAGGGAACAUAGGAUUUUCUCAGCUCUGCAGCCCUCGCCGGGCCUUCUCUGAACAGGGCCCUCUGCGCCUCAUCAAGAGCGCGUCUUUCUUUUCAGGCCACAGUCACCCCAUGGACAUGCCUGGCCGAGGGCUCUACGACGAGAGGGACAGUGGCAUCGCCAGGUCAGCUUCUCUGAGCAGCCUGUUGAUCACUCCCUUCCCAUCCCCUGGCUCCUCCUUGACCAGCAGCUGUGCGUCCAGCUACCAGCGCCGAUGGCUCCGCAGCCAAACCACCAGUCUGGAGAAUGGUGUUUUCCCCCGAUGGUCAGUGGAGGAGAGCUUCAACAUGUCUGACGAAAGCGCAGGACCGAGCCUUGGCGUAGCUCGGAAGAAGAAGAUCGCCAUUGGGGUCAUCUUCAUGCUGUCCCCCAAUCCUGAGGAGAACAACCGCUUCCAGGAUUUCUUUUUCUCCCACUUCCCUCUCUUUGAAAGCCACAUGAACAAACUCAAGAGCGCCAUCGAACAGGCCAUGAAGAUGAGUCGGCGGUCAGCUGAUGCCAGCCAGAGGGCCUUGGCCUACAGCCGAAUGGUGGAUGGGCUCAACGAGUUCAGGAUGACCAUCUGCGACCUCUACACCAUGCCUCGGGUGGCUGAGCCUGUCUGGUUGACUAUGAUGUCUGGAGCAUCAGAGAAGAACCAGCUCUGCGGCCAAUUCAUGAGAGAGCUCUCCCUGCUGAUGGAGCAGGCCUCCAAGAACCAAUUCCUCCCCGCCUUAUUGACAGCCGUCCUGACCAAUCAUCUGGCCUGGGUCCCCACCGUCAUGCCCAAUGGGCAGCCUCCAAUAAAGAUCUUCCUCGAGAAACACUCCUCCCAGAGUGUCGACAUGCUGGCAAAGACACACCCCUACAACCCACUGUGGGCACAGCUAGGGGACCUGUAUGGGGCCAUUGGAUCACCAGUGCGGCUGUCGAGGACAGUGGUGGUGGGCCGGAGACAGGAGCUGGUCCAGAGACUCCUCUAUGUCCUCACCUACUUCAUCCGCUGCUCUGAGCUGCUGGAGACCCACAUGCUGGACAGUGCUGAGGAUGAGGCCAUCGUCAUGCCCGGUUCCCUUAUCACCACCUCCCUAAGGAAAGGAGAGGUGGAGGAGUCGGACUAUGUCCUUGUUACUGUCCAUAAACCCAGUGAGGACUACUUGUCCCAAGGUGCCCAUGGCCGUCAGACUGAGGCAGAGGACAGUAGUUAUCCUUCAGACAAUAGCCUCCAGAGCAGCACAUAUACAGAUGCUGAGGUGGAGCAUGGCGCUGGGAAUACACCCAAGGAGGAAGAUGAGGAUGAGGAAGACGAGGAGGACAGCAGCGAGAGUCAAGGGUCUAGAAGCAGUGUGCUUCAGACGGGACACAGUCAGGGCACAAUUCCCAUUAUCAGGACUGCAGAAGCAGCUGAACCUGGGGAGCUGCGCAGGGAGUCUAGCAGCCCGCUUGGUACAGAGGCACGAGUGGAGACAGUGCUGCGUGUUGGCUCGGCUUCCCCCAGGGAGCAGGUCUGUGUGCUGGAUACAGAGACCAAAGGUGACCUGAAACUUAUUGUCCCAUCCAUACCCACAACCCUUGCAUCAAGUCCGUCCCCACCUCCCACCACAGAGCGUAAAAACUCUUGGACAGAUGCUGGGAUGGAUGCAGGGAUGGGGAACCAGGCCACCAAAGUGCUGGUUCCUCGGUCUUUGGGAAUCCCUCUAGAGAAGAAGCCCCCAGAUAAGAACCUGGCCGCCACAGUGCCAAUGCCAGUAAUAACGGGAAACACCAUGACAGGGCCCAUGGCUUUGACUCUAACAGAAGAGGAGGAGCCAGCAACGAAAGUCACUUUCCUAAUUGGAGACUCCAUGUCUCCUGACUCGGACACGGAGAGCCGCAGAAGGAAGGUGGAGGAGGAGAUUAAAAAGCACAAGAAACACCUCAAGGACAAACUUCACCCGCAGCUGCUCUUGCAUCAGCAACAACAGCAUCAUCAGCGUUAUCAACAGCAACCACAGCAGCUGCAGAGAGGAGCAGAUUCAAAGACCAGCAACACCAGUGCAUCAGAGGACCAAACCAAACAGACCAAGGUGGCUCCAGCCCUGCAGCGGGUAUCUAGUAAGAUGCCCCAGUGGAGCCCAAACUGUAUGGAUGAUUUUGAUGAGUAUUUCAGCUUGGAGAACCCCGUGGAGACAAGGACAAUAGACGAUAUGGCCAAACGUCAGGAAGCCACUACCACGGACAGUAUGCACAAAGACUUGCUGGACCCCUCGGGAGGCCCCCGGCCUGGUGACUUGGGCAGUCACAGCUUUCAGGGUGGAGUGAGGAGUCAGGGUUUGGGUCUCUGUUUAGGUUCAGGUAGAGGAGAGGUGGGGUCCAGCAGGAAGGGAGACACCUUGUUGGAUGUCCAGAGGAGAUGCAGGUGUGGGUCUACAGACUCCUCCGACACAUGUUGCUGUAGGGGCUGUUCUGUUGAGCAGGAUAAGGGCCUUGUGUUGUCAGUCCUCGUGGAUGGAAGCAGCAACAGCAAAGAGGACCAAAAACGCAAGGUGGUUCCUGUCAACGACUGGGAGAUACCACGCAAUGAGAGCUCAGACAGCGCGUUGGGGGACAGUGAGAGUGAGGAGACAGAGGACUGGCAGGAGGAAGUGCUCGUGCCCUUCCCUGGAGCAAAGUUGGUGGAGAACUAUUCAAAGCCAAGCAUAGCCAAUUUUGGUCGGUCUCUGUUUGGAGGCUACUGCCCCACCUACGUGCCAGACUUUGUACUGCAUGGGAUGCCUAGUGACGAGAAACUACGGCAGAGCCUCAUGGCUGAAUUAACCCAUGCUGUUCAGCAUCCAGUAUUGGAUGAGCCCAUAGCGGAGGCCGUCUGCAUUAUAGCAGACACAGACAAGUGGACAGUGCAGGUGGCCAGCAGUCAGAGACGAGCAACCGAUGUCAACAAGCUGGGGAAGGAAGUCCUGGUGUCCAGCCUGGUUUCCAGCUUGUUGCAGUCCACUCACCAGCUCUACAAACUCAACCUCUCACCCAACUUUUGUAUAAUGCACCUUGAGGACCGCCUGCAGGAAAUCUACUUUAAGAGUAAGAUGCUUGCUGAGUAUUUGAAGGGCCAGACGAGAGUCCAUGUGAAAGAACUGGGCAUGGUCUUAGGAAUCGAGUCCAGCGACCUUCCCCUGUUAGCUGCAGUGGCCAGCACUCACUCCCCCUAUGUGGCUCAGAUCCUGCUAUGAGACUGUAAAGACACUGAGGUCCCAAGCAGCCCGAGGAAAUCAGUCAGACCUGGGUGGUGCCACUCAAAAAACGGCCGUCCACGCUCCGCAGCUGACCCCCGACAUGGUUUCCUGUCCCGUGUGCCUGGGCUCAGUGGGAUCUUUGCCUUGAGCCUGAGUGGUGCACGUCUUUACGGACCACAGCCAGCACCACCCCUCACUACCACUGCUGCUGAAUUUGGUGCAAUGCUGAUGUUGCACCACAGGGUGGGGCUAGAGACCACAGACCUAGAGAUGGAGUGAGGCUCUGUGGAUGACUGAAGCAUCCCUCAAAUGACCUUCUCCUGUUGUUUGAAUGUUUCUUUUUAAAACAGGACUUGUUUAUUUUUGGACACAAAAGCCAAAGACUUUAUUCAUUUUCCCAGGUGAGAAUGAAAUUUUAAGAUAUCGACAGUACAUUAACAAUGAAUUUUGUUUUUUCAACUGCUUUUUUCUGUACAAUCUUAAACCCAGUCGUACAAAGUGAAGGACUACAUGUUCAAAGGAAACAGAUGGACAUUUUUAAACUUUACUUUGAGGUAAAUAUCAUUGAGAACAUUUAUCAAUCUCAUGCCAAUUAUGUUAUGUUGUUUAUCUUCAUGUUUUUGUUUACAAGCCAAAUUUCCCUGAGAUAUCUCAACAAAUCUGACAAAUUUAAUUUCUUUUUUGUCAAAUUGCAAUGCACACCUGACUUUAAAGCCUAUGUUUUUGUGGCAGAGGUGGUAAUCGAUGCACACCAUGAUUUUUAGUUCAACAAACUGGUUUUGAAAUGGCUAAAAGUGGCUUUGACAUUCUUAUCAUAGGUACAGCACUACCUCAGAUCUUCAUAUGGGCAGUGGAUGACACACACAUUUACAGCUGCCCCAUAGAAAACCCUGAGGUAUACUUUUUAAGCUAUUUUAAUCAGAGGAAUGUCAGCGUAAACUGUGUGCAGACUCUAUGCUGUGUUCUUUGAAAAAGGGAAGGCUGUUUAAUUCUUUAGGAUGAUCGUUACAAAAAAAAUGGAGGAAAAACAUAUUUUUGCGUCAGAUUGUGAUUAAGAAGGGUUCCUUUCUACUGUGGAAAAGCUAAAACAUGCACCAUCUAUGUAUAUUUUAAAACUAAAUGCUGAAAUAUUUUCACACUUUUAUAGCUUUGCCACCUUUAUACCAUGUUUACGGCUUCGAUGUUUGCUGCAGAGGGAGGAGAGAGAGGAGGAACACAGUAGGCCUUAUAGUGGAUAUGUAUGUAUCAGUUAACACUACUGUAUUUUCAGAGAUGUUUCUAUGACAGUUAUACUCACAAAAACACACAAAAUGCAAAAUACAAAACUAUGGUAGCACACUUUUAUCUUGUUUUCCUUUUGAUUUUCCAUUACAUUGACAGGUAAAUGAUUUUGGCUGUUACGCCAUAUACCCAGGGUGCGAUUUGCUGAGUGUAAAGAGUUGGUUUCCCAGCUUCUGCUUUUGGAUUCUCUCCUGGGCAUAAAGUGUAACCUGCAGCGGGGCCAAGGGGCAUUAUUUCAUUAUUCUCAAUAUUACUUUUUUGUCGUCUCUUGACAGCAUUGGGAAUUAAUCUAUAUUUUCUCUGUUUUAUUGCAGACGAAAUAGGGUGAGUCAAAAAUUUCCCAAAGAAUGACUGCAUCAUUUAUAAUAAACAGUCAAAAGCAGAGAGGAGUUUCAGAUAAAUGCACAUCCAUACUGUCUUUUACCACUGUACCUCUGUGCUGCAAAUUUACCUUCAUGCCAAGGGAAUUGCAAGGCAGAGGAACAAAGUAGUGUGGUGUCUGGUAACUUUAUUUGAAGCUCCGUAUUGUCUACCAUUAAGGUGACAAAUCCCCAAUUGUGGCUCAGGUUUGUGUGUUUUAUAACAGAGCUUGUUGAUUGGCUUUAUGUUCAACUGUACACUGUGAAUAACUGGCAGUGUAACCCUGAGAACUGGACAGUGUUUGUCUCUUUCUAUAAAGUCAAAUCGCACCCUGAAUAUGACCCAAGUCUUAAUGGAGAAGUGGCAUGAAUGCAUCACAGGCUUCUGGAGAGCUCCUUUUGCUGGUAAAAUUGAUACAUGCUUGUUAUUGUAUUGAACAUGCUCAGCUAUAUCAGCCUACGUUUUGUACAACCCAGCCAUUAUGUUUAAAAGGUAUGAAUUUAUAUCUGCUUUUCCCUCUUUGUAUAUGAAUAAAUUAUUUAGUUGCUCUUGGUAUGUGUAACAGUUCACAUAAACUGUACAUAUUCAGUUUAUUUCCAUGCAUUUGUACAGAAUGUCUUUUAAGAACUGUCUCCUCAAAUUAUUUUUCCCAAUUUUAUGGGAAUGUUGUGCAAUAAAGAUGCCGAUGUUGAGAAUUUA